GCCGCAGGUCGAAGUGGUCGUCGUUUCGCUUUGCGACGUUGCUGUGUGCUGGCAGUGGCAGUGGUGCUCCAAUGGCAGGUGGGAUUUUCAAUGUUCCCCGGAGGAGGCCGCCGUUGGUGGUUGGCCGCCACUGCAGCACCUUUCCUAUCGACUGCGGCAUGGGCGGAGGAAAGCUCUUCGGUCAGAUCCUACAAGAAGGUGAAUUCAGUGAUCAAUUCCUACACGGAGAACGCCGGCGUGGCGGGGCAGAACAAUCAGCAGGUGGCCUCCUAUGCGGAUCUCGGCGAGGGGCUGAAAGCUGCCACCAUCUACAAACCGAAGUUUGCAGAGGGAGACCCGGAGGCCACCCGGAAAGUGGCCAAUGGAGACAUGGUCACAGUGGAUUUGAUCGGAUAUUUGACGGGCUGGAACGGCAACAUUUUCGUCCGGACACAGGACAAGAGUGGCUACUCUGAAAAGCCCGUGACCUUCCGUGUAGGUCGAGGGGAUGCCAUUCCUGGUCUGGACCGUGGGGUGGUGGGGAUGCUGAAAGGCGAAAAACGUCGCUUGGUCAUUCCACCUGCCCUGGGGUAUCCACGGCCGUGCUCCGAAGACCAGCUGGGCAAGCCGGGCGCGAUCCCUGAUCCACGGGAGUCUGCUUCAGGCUCUGGGGAUCCCUGGGAACUACGAAAUCGCCUGCUGAAUGGGGUGUUGAACAACGCCCGGGACGAUACGCUGGUCAUUGAUGUGAAGAUCAACCGCAUCGCUUGA